AUGGCCGACGAAAAGCCCAAGGAAGGAGUCAAGACUGAGAACAACGAUCAUAUUAAUUUGCAGGUGGCGGGGCAGGAAGGUUCUGUGGUGCAGUUUAAGAUUAAGAGCCAUACACCACUUAGUAAACUAAUGAAAGCCUAUUGUGAACGACAGUUGGAAAUGGAGGAUGAAGAUACAAUGGAUGUGUUCCAGCAGCAGAUGGGAGGUGUCUACUAA